AUGUUGUUUGGACAGUCGACCUCGCUGCUCUGUAUUCCUGUGUUUAGUCUGAAGGUGCUGAUUGUGCUGAAUGAAGUGGUGGUGGACAGAGGCCCGUCCUCCUACCUGUCCAACGUGGACUUGUACCUCGAUGGACGACUCAUCACUUCAGUGCAGGGAGACGGUGUGAUUGUGUCCACGCCCACCGGGAGCACGGCGUACGCAGCUGCGGCAGGAGCCUCCAUGAUCCACCCUAACGUCCCCGCCAUCAUGGUCACACCCAUCUGUCCGCACUCCCUCUCAUUCAGGCCCAUCGUGGUCCCUGCUGGAGUGGAGCUGAUGAUCACCUUGUCUCCUGAUGCAAGAAACAACGUCUGGGUGUCGUUUGACGGCAGGAGGAGACAAGAGAUCCAACACGGAGACUGUAUCAAGAUUACCACGUCUUGUUACCCGGUUCCGUCCAUCUGUUGCCACGACCUGGUGUACGACUGGUUUGAAAGUCUGGCUCAGUGUUUGCACUGGAACGUCCGCAAGAGGCAGGCCCGACUCACAGACGUCUCGGACUCGUCAGACACAGAAAACUGAAGCCUCCGGUGGUUUUUGUUUUUCCUGUCUGGAUGUUCAGGUUAGGUUUGUUCAGAAACGAGAUGAAAACUGGACCGUACUGGAGCCAAACCAGCGUUAAUCAGUCCCAUAAGAGCUUAAGGAGCCAUCACACGUGUGUGUUAGUAUUUCACUGCAGGUUUAUCUGCGGCUUGCAGAGAAAAAGCAUGUUUCUCAUGCGUAGUGCACGACCCAAAGCUUCAUACGGCUGCAUUGCUUUAACCACAACAGUGCAUGAAAAAAGAUCAUGUGCUU